AUGUCGUUUGAAGUAGGUACGAGAUGUUGGUAUCCAAACUCUGAAGCAGGAUGGAUUGGUUGCGAAGUCACCAAAAACGACUUCCAAGACGGCACUUACCACAUCGAAUUGACAUCCGAGACAGGUUUAGUAAUCCCCAUUGAAACGAAACACCUAGAGAGUAAUAAUGCAAUGGAAAAUAAUCACGAAUUUCUUCCUGUGCUGAGAAAUCCACCUAUAUUGGAGGCUACACAUGAUUUAACUACCUUGUCCUAUUUAAAUGAACCAGCUGUGUUGCAUGCCAUUAAGGAACGUUAUAAUCAAAGAAAUAUUUAUACUUAUUCGGGGAUUGUUCUUAUUGCGACAAAUCCAUUUGAUAAAGUGGAGGAAUUAUAUUCCUCAGAAAUGAUUCAAGCAUACGCAAGGAAGAAUAGAGAUGAGAUGGCUCCACAUAUUUUUGCCAUUGCUGAAGAGGCAUAUAGAGAAAUGAUAAAUAAUGAUCAGAAUCAAACAAUAAUUGUUAGUGGUGAAUCAGGUGCAGGUAAGACUGUUUCUGCAAAAUAUAUAAUGAGAUUUUUUGCAUCUGUUGAAGAAGAGCAUUUUAAUAAAGAAGGUGACUCAAAACAUCAGGAGGAAAUGUCAGACAUUGAGGUAAAAAUUUUAGCGACGAACCCAGUAAUGGAAGCAUUUGGGAAUGCCAAAACUACUAGAAAUGAUAACUCGUCUAGAUUUGGGAAAUAUUUACAAAUACUAUUUGAUUCAAAUAAGAACAUUAUUGGUUCCAGUAUAAAGACUUAUUUGCUGGAAAGGUCGAGAUUGGUAUUUCAACCAACUUCAGAAAGAAACUACCAUAUAUUUUAUCAAAUGUUAUCAGGUCUAUCCUCAGAUAUGAAGAAGCAGUUAUAUCUUACCAAUGCUGAGGAUUUCUUCUACUUGAAUCAGGGUGGCGAGAGUACUAUUAAUGGUAUAGAUGAUUCUUUGGAAUAUUCAACCACAAUAGAAUCAUUAUCCACAGUUGGAAUAGAUACUGAAGUGCAGCUUCAAAUAUUUAAAAUUUUAGCUGCGUUAUUGCAUAUUGGUAACAUUGAAAUCAAAAAAACAAGAACAGAUGCAACAUUGUCUUCCACAGACCCUAGUUUACAAAAAGCAUGCGAACUCUUGGGAUUAGAUCCCUUAACGUUUUCCAAAUGGAUCACCAAAAAACAAAUUAAUACUCGAUCUGAAAAGAUCAUUUCCAAUUUAAGUUUUAACCAAGCUUUAGUUGCUAGAGAUUCCGUGGCAAAAUUCAUAUAUUCAUCAUUAUUUGAUUGGCUAGUUGGAAACAUAAAUAAUGUUCUCUGUACCUCUCAAGUCUCAGAGACAAUUAACUCAUUUAUUGGUGUGCUCGAUAUUUAUGGAUUUGAACAUUUUGAGCAAAAUUCUUUCGAACAAUUCUGUAUCAAUUACGCAAACGAAAAAUUACAACAAGAAUUUAAUCAUCAUGUCUUUAAAUUGGAACAAGAAGAAUACGUAAAAGAAGAAAUCGAAUGGUCAUUUAUUGAAUUUAGUGAUAACCAACCUUGCAUCGAUCUUAUUGAAAAUAAAUUAGGGAUCUUAUCAUUAUUAGAUGAAGAAAGUAGACUCCCAGCUGGGUCUGAUGAAUCAUGGACAACUAAACUUUAUCAGACAUUUAAUAAGCCUCCGUCAAAUACAGUAUUUGGAAAACCUAGAUUUGGCCAAAAUAAAUUUAUCAUUAGUCAUUAUGCUGUUGACGUAACAUAUGAAGUCGAUGGAUUUAUUGAAAAGAAUAAAGAUACUAUAUCAGAAAGUCAAUUGGAAGUAUUGAAAGCGACAACUAAUCCAACAUUAGCUACUAUCUUUGAAUUUUCUGAAGCUGAAAAUAAAACAAACAUUACUGAACAAGCAGGAACGAUUCAAAGGAAAACAAUUAAUAGGAAACCCACUUUAGGAUCUAUAUUUAAGAGAUCUCUAGUUGAGUUGAUGGAGACUAUAAAUUCAACUAAUGUCCAUUACAUACGUUGUAUCAAACCCAAUACUGAGAAGGAGGCUUGGAAAUUUGAUAAUUUGAUGGUUCUUUCUCAAUUGAGAGCCUGUGGGGUCUUAGAAACUAUCAAAAUAUCAUGUGCAGGCUUUCCUUCACGUUGGGCUUUUGAAGAAUUUAUUCAGAGGUAUUAUUUAUUGGCACCAACUGAUCAAUGGGGUCGAGUCACCGCUGAUAUGGAAAUGUCAUUAGAAGACAUGGUUGCUUUCUGCGACUUAAUUUUAUCUGAAAAAAUUGAUAGCAAAGACAAAUAUCAGAUUGGUAAAACUAAAAUAUUCUUCAAAGCAGGUGUUCUAGCAUAUUUAGAGAAAAUUAGAAGUGAUAAAGUUACAGAACUUGCUGUGCUAAUACAAAAGCAUAUCCGAGCCAAAUACUAUAGAAGUUUAUAUUUACAAGCAAUGUUGAGUAUCAAGAACUGUCAAAGUUUGAUUAGAGGUGUGCAGAGCCGUCAACGUGUCGAUUUUGAAAUGAAGACAGACGCAGCCACUUUACUGCAAACACUUCAUAGAUCGACAAGAGUACGCUCACAAGUUUUUGAGACUUUGAAAAACAUUUUGGAAGUACAGACAGCUAUAAGACGUGUGUUGGUGAGUAACUUUAUUCAACGUGAAUUUGAAUCACGCUCUGCAAUCAUGAUUCAAAGCAAGAUAAGAGCUAACUCCCCGAAACAUAGAUACCAAACAUUGAAAACGGGAACUAUAUUGAUUCAAGCAUUAGUUAGGAGGAAGCAAUCUCAAGAAAAGUUGAAACAAUUGAAGAUUCAAGCGGAAUCCGCUGCCAGUUUGAAGAACUCCGCUGCUGGAAUUCAGAAAGAACUUAUCGGAUUCAUUGAAGAACUUAUUUCAAAUAUUAAAGAAAACGAUGCCAAGACUACUGAAUAUAAAAGUCUCUUGAAGCAUACUUCUUUGCCAGUUGUUACUGGUACUAAUGAAAGAACCGCAGCAUAUAUUUCGACCAAGAACCAAGUUGAAGAGGAUAAAGUAACUAUACGAACGAUUUUAACUAAGUACGAAACGUUAAAAGAUCUUUGUCGAAAAGAAUUAAAGUCCUUAGAAUCUCUGGAGAAAGGUGUCAACGAUGAAAAAUUUGCAUCGUCUUUGCAAUCAAGCCUGGAACUAAUAAAGAGAGAUAUUUCAGACUUAAGGAUUAAUGCAAUUGAGAAGGAUAAUGAACGAACUUCUACUUCAUCCGAAUUGAAAGAUGGCACCGAUUGUACCGAUAAUGCUGUUGUCCAAAUAUUGACUAAGAGACAAGGAGACUUGAUUAACGACCUUGUUAAUGUAGUUUUUCUAGAAUUCCAAAUUCCCCAAAGAGGGAGAACAAAGGAUUGCGAACAUUUCUAUCCAGUAAAGUUACUAAUAUCCAUUGUAAAUCUGAUGAACAAAUUUGGUUUAAGAAAGAGUUCACAUUCCAUCUUGAAACAGACUGUACAAGAUUUAAUAGGUAAGAUUUCAUCUAUGGAUGCUAAGAAGUGUGUGACAUUUGGGUUGUAUUGGAUAAUCAGUCUUCACAAACUUUCCUCUCUCCCACAAGAACCGGCUGUACUUAAUAAAUUACAAGACAAAUUUUAUAAGACCUGGUUAAAGCAAUGUUUCAAUCAAAUGAAGACUGUGGACUCCAUUCUCAUUCUUUUUGAUACCAUUUCCGAAUUCACAUUGUUUUUCCAAGGCACAACAGAAUUAUUAACAAACAUCAUCACUGCUCUUCUCCAACAUAUUAAUGCCAAAUGGUUUAAUGAUUUAUUAAUAAAACAAAAUACUCUAUCAUGGACCCAUGGACUAGAGAAGGAUUCUGAGAUCAAGAAAGUAUUGGAUUGGUGUAAUUCUCACAAGAUAAGGAAUUCCACCGAAUAUUUACGCAAUGUUAACCAAGCAUGCAAAUUAUUACAGUUAAGAAUAUCGAACAUUUCUGAUUUCCAACUUGUUUGUGAGUUUUGUUAUGAUCUAAGUUCUUUACAAAUGCACGCAUUGUUGACUAAAUACAGACCCACACAAUUUGAAAAACCGAUCCCUGUGGACGUGUUGAAUCACCUCUCGAAUACUGCGAGAAGAGAGAGAACAACAAUGAAGAGGGAACUCACAUUGGAUGCAGGCACUGAAACGUAUUCAGUUGAAAAUCUUUUCCAAGGCCAUCCUAUUGAAGCAAGCGACGAACAUGAUGACAUCAAUCAACUCAUUAAUCAACUACCCUCAGAUAAGGACUUCCCAGUAAUUAAGGAACUUGGGAGUCUGUUAGCCUAA